CUGUUGAAUCAAGAACCCCAAAUCCCCGCUGCAGAAGUAAAGACUUUUGUGAAAGCUAUUGAUGGCGUGUACACCUAUAUUUAAUUCUCUUUGAAAAACGUAAAACAAAUCCAGAAGAUAAGAAUAUCCACAAAGUUUAUUGUUUCAAUUUUAUUCACAUUUCAUCCCUUUUUUCUGUUCAACGAAACCUACAUGAUCCACCACCUACGGGGCUCAAUUUUGUUUUUCUUUUGGCUUCGUUAUCUGUGAAUCAAUUAUUUUGCUCUUUAUAACUGUAUUUGUGGAUUUGGGUUGGUGUUAAAUCGGAUAAUUGAAGGUUGAAACUUUAAUAGUGAAGAAAGAGUGAGAAGGAGGAAGACACAAGAUGGUUAAUCAGAUUGUAUCAAAAAUUGGUUCUUGGACUCGUAACAAGAUCGUUGAUCCUCUUUAUCACAUCCUCCAAAGGGGAGCAGAGCCAAAACUGUUGGCGUUCUCUGCGGCUCUCGGAAUCACCUUUGGGGUAUUUCCCAUAUGUGGUGUCACAGUAUUCCUAUGUGGGAUCGCUAUUGCAUUGUUGGGGUCGUAUUGUCAUGCUCCUACGAUGAUGUUGGCUAACUUCAUUGCUACUCCUAUUGAGUUGAGUCUGAUGAUUCCAUUUCUACGCCUAGGCGAGUUUAUCACUGGUGGACCUCAUUUUCCUUUGACUGCUGAUGCACUAAAAAAGGUCUUCUCUGGUGAGGCUUCAAAGGAAGUCUUGCUCAGCAUUUUCCGUGCGAUGUUGGGCUGGCUUGUUGCUGUACCAUUCAUCAUAGCAGGACUUUAUAUAGUGUUUCUGCCAUGUUUUACGAUCUUGGUUCGUAAGUUCAGUACCCGUCCUCCAAGCCCGAAGACUCUUCUCCAACCCCUUACAGAAGAAUUGGGGGAGUCUAGCAGUUCUGUACUUGUAUGAAGUUCAAUAUUUUUCCCAAAGUUCUUCGCUUGCUCAUCAAUUCGCAGCUUCGCCAGAAGUGAUGAGGGGGGGAACUAGGGAAGGCCG